UAAAAACGUGUUCCCUUGAACAUAAAAUUAAUGAAGACAUUGUCGCGGAAAAUAUUGUAGCCUAUUAUUUAUAAAAUACGGCAGUUAAACGUGAACAUGUCCUGAAUGUUUAAAUUUCAAUCUAAAAAAUAUCGACAAGAAGUCAGUCCGCAUGAUUAAACUUUUUUCAAAAUGAAAGAGUUUAUCUUCUCGUCUGUUUAGUUGAUUUGUCAACAUUUUAGGCAGCUAUUCGAUUGAUCAGUCACAUGAUGGAAACAUUGACAAAUUCCCUUUGAAUACUAGAGCUUUUUGAAGAUGGGCGUUACUCCAGGUUGACAUCUACCCUUAUCCCGUUGCGAACACAUUUCGCGGAGAUUGUCAAGUCUAGUAUGACUGAACACGUCGAGGCAUGGCUGGAGCACUUCAAAAACAUGCAUAUCACGAUUGGACCCGUGUUUGACUACGAUGGCGAUGGAAUCAAAGACGAAUUGAACAAAAGUGUGCCAGCGAUCCCGUCUCACAUAUUUUACAUCUUCAAGCGCUGCCUCGAGGAUCCUGAUGAAUAUGCGGUGCAGCAAUGUCCGGAAGAGUCUCUCGAUGCCAUCGCAGUCGUACUUCCGAAUGACGAGGAAAACGUGAAUUGUGAGGCGCCGCCAGAGUUCCUCUCUCGACAUUCUGCACGAAUUCGUGACAUAGAAAUGCUCACCGGGUUAUAUUUCCCUCAAGCCCAGGACACGACUGAAAAUUUACGACUUCGCAUGAAAGUUCCCGGGAAGGUGUGGCCUAUGACUCCACGAAUACUCGGCCAGCAUUCGACCGCACACCACUCGGACUAGACCCACGAGAGCUGUUUCAUUUGAUGCUGUUAUUGCAUUUGAACUGUUUUAUUGAGUUAAGAGAAGCAAUUGUUGUUCUAUAGGCUCCCGU